AUGUCCCCAACCCCUUCCAACGCUGACAAGAAACAAUCUGGAGUAGCCCGUAUAUUGGGUUCUGCCUCUGCCGGUAUUUGUGAAAUCGGUGUUUUCCACCCAGUUGAUACAAUCUCCAAGAGAUUAAUGUCUAACAACACUAAGGUCACUAGUCUAUCUCAGUUCAACAAGGUCAUUUUCAGAGAGCAUGCCGCCGAUCCUCUUGGAAGAAGACUGUUGACUCUGUUUCCCGGUUUAGGUUACGCCGCUUGUUACAAGAUUCUUCAAAGAGUCUACAAGUACGGAGGUCAACCAUUUGCUAACGAAUUCUUGACCACCAACUACCGUUCUUCUUUUGAAGAAACUUUUGGAAAGAAAACGGGCAAGGCCCUUAUGUCUGCUACUGCUGGUUCGUUGAUUGGUAUUGGUGAGAUCGUGUUGUUACCCUUAGAUGUUUUGAAGAUCAAACGUCAGACAAACCCUGAGUCUUUCAAAGGACGUGGGUUCUUCAAGAUUUUGGCAGAUGAAGGUCUUGGUUUGUACCGUGGAUGGGGAUGGACUGCUGCUAGAAAUGCACCAGGAUCAUUUGCUUUAUUCGGUGGUAAUGCAUUUGCCAAGGAGUACGUUUUGGGACUGAAGGAUUACUCUGAUGCUACUUGGGGUCAAAAUUUUAUUGCUUCCAUUUUCGGUGCUUCUGCCUCUUUGAUUGUUUCUGCUCCACUUGACGUGAUUAAGACCCGUAUUCAGAACAGAAAUUUUGAUAACCCGGAGUCUGGAUUUACUAUUUUGAAGAACAUGGCCAAGAACGAAGGAAUCACAGCAUUUUUCAAAGGAUUGACCCCAAAAUUGUUGACCACUGGACCAAAGCUCGUGUUUUCUUUUGCCCUUGCCCAAACUUUAAUUCCAAUGUUUGACAAGGUAUUGUAG